UCCUCAGACGUUAGUUUCGUCUCGUCUGCUUCCAGUGUGUACAGAGCACAAGGUCGCUGUGACCAUGAUUACUAAUCAAGAACAAACCCAACUUUUAAUUGUUUAACAUGUAGCGUUGGGAACUUGUAGCGGAGAGCACCCAUUGCUUGAUGGAAUAGUUGUUAGUGGACAGAGCCCCUGCCACUCAUAGUAAGGGGCGCCCCUGAUUUCUCUUCGUCAGUAAUGUCAGGUUAGGUUUCAGAUUGCAUACCCGUGCAGGAGGACAGCGCCGUUCACUCAAUGAUAUCUCCACUACAGUGUACAGGCUUGGAUUGGAUGUGUUGAUUUCCUGCAAUACUCUAUAGAUUUAGUUUGGAUAUUUCUUUACUAUCUUAAAAAGCACUGGAGUAUUCAACGAAGAAAGUAGAAGCUUAUAUAAGGUGCUGGCAAUAGACGUUGUAUUCAGUUAAGUAUCACUUGAGUAAGCUGGCUUUCUCCAAAUUAUAAAAAUAUAAAGUGAAAGUGUGUGUUUUACCAUGUGUGCUUAAUUGCAACUUUGGAAGUAAUUAGUUUGAAUUAUAAAAAAAAAAAAAAAAAAAAAAAAAAAACAUUUAUUCAUUCGCUUGGAAGAAAGACUUGGCUGUAAAAGCUUUCAGCAACUUUGGAUAUGUACAGAAAGUAUUUGAAAAUCGCGUUUCUGAAUUUGACAUUUUUGGUGGGUGUGCUAAUGGCUUAUGAAUGCACGCCAUGUGAGCUCCGGACGUGUGUGAAGAGCCCCUCUACCUGUGAGGCUGACCGGACCCUAGCCCGAAACCCAUGUGGAUGCUGCGAUUACUGUACCCGGCUGGAGUGGGAGCCUUGCGGGGGGAAGAACUGGGAUGCGGGGUACUGUGGCUUAGGCUUGAGUUGCGCAACAGUGAAUGGGACAGGACUUGUGACAAUACCUGAUGUAGGAAUCUGUAAAGUUUUACCAAGAAAUCCGAAUGCAGGUUUAGAAGAUGAAGACUGUCCUGAAAUGAGUGGCUGUAACAGAAAAGCAGGAUUGUGCUCUUGUGACACUCGACGCACCUGUAUUUAUGCAUUUAGCUAUACCAAUUUAGAGUCUUGCAUUAGAGCAACAGGAUCAGAAGACCAGCAUCAGGAAAAAGAUCCUGGAAUAAAAUACAAGUUCUCCCGUGCCUCUGGUUCUGCUGCCUGCGUUUUCUCUGGGUGUAACUUGACUGAUCGAGGUUGUGUGUGUGAAUCGCAGAGCUGCCAUGACAACUUUUCCUACUUGAACAACAAUGAAUGUCAGAUGGCAGAAGAUCAACUGAAGUGUGCUGGAGUGACUUGCCCAGAACAACCUAUUUUGGAUUGCCCCAAAGAUUCUGUGCUGAGCAAGACAUACACUCCACCCACAGCCUGUUGCCCUUCAGUGCCGCCAUUCUGCACCUGCAACUUCCGUGUCUGUGAGGAAAGGGAGUGUUCCCGUGGAUACCAGCCGGUCCUGAUUGUGGAAGGAAAAGGAAUCCCUGGAGAGUGCUGUGAUGAAUAUGAGUGUCAAAGAGUUUCACCAAAGUGUGUGCACAAUGAGAAGGAAUACGCGGAAGGGCAGGUGUAUCGGAUGGAUACCUGCUGGCUGUGCCAGUGUCGAGGGGGAAUAUCUUUCUGUUCCAAAGCUGAAUGUGCUGAGCUGGAAUGUGAGAGUUUCUACAUCCCUGAGGGAGAAUGCUGCCCAGUGUGUAAAGAUACAGGGUUGUUUUCUCUCGGGAGCAGUGGAGCUAGCUGCUGGGUAAACAGCAAACUGAGGCACCACGACGAGCAGUGGAAAGAGGACGACUGCACCUUCUGUCAGUGUGUUGAUGGGGAUCCUCACUGCACUGCCAUGGCCUGCAAACAGACCUGCCAAAACCCAGUCAAGAUGCACGGAGAGUGCUGCCCAUUCUGUGAAGAACCUACAUAUGAAACAGUUAGUCCAAUUAUCUGUCCGAAACUUGAGAACUGCACUCUUUCAGAGAAAGACUGUCCAUUCGGAUUUAUGCAAGAUAAGAAUGGAUGCUUGCUAUGUAAAUGCUUAACAAAUGAAUCUUGUCCAGCUCUGGACAUGUACUGCUCACUCCAGUGUCCCUUUGGUUACGAGACGGAUGAUUACGGCUGUCCUGUAUGUGAAUGUACUUCUCAGAUACCUAAGUGUCGUCCAAUGUCCUGCAGUAAGACCUGUCCAUAUGGAUAUGUGAGAAACAAACAUGGCUGUGAGAUGUGUCGCUGUGUGAAAUGCCCUCCUUUUACUUGUGAUAAGGAGUGCUGGGAGGGUUAUCAGCAGAGUAAGAAAGGGUGCUCCAUCUGUCUGUGCAAAGAUACCAAACAUAUUCCAAGCACUUCACUUCCUGCUCCCAAAGCCAACUACUGUCUGACGGCUACCGGUGAUCGUUAUGAGGCGGGCGAGAGCUGGCAUGACGGCUGUCGGGAUUGUUACUGUCAGGCUGCCCGGGAGAUGUGUGUGUUGAUUACCUGCCCUGUUCCAAGCUGUUUAAAUCCUGUGGUCCAAACGGGACAGUGCUGCCCGAGCUGUGAAGAUGAAUCGGGCAGUGGACAGCAGCCUGAUGCAGUUGAUCUUGCUGUGUGCAAAGCCCCAGGAGGAGAAUUCUAUGUGGAAGGAGAGACGUGGCAACUUGAUGAGUGCACCCACUGUACCUGCAGGAAGGGCCGUGUUCUGUGUGACACCGAGGUCUGCCCUCCCGUUCUCUGCCAGACACCUGUCAAAAGCAUGGAUACAUGCUGUAACAUCUGCCCAGAUGACCAUCUUAAACCACUUUUACCUGUAAACAGCAGUCAGCCUGAGUACUGUAUAUCCAACGAAGGAGAGAUUGUUUUGGCUGGAGAAUCUUGGAAAGCUAAUCCCUGCACAAGCUGCACAUGCAAUAAUGGAAUCAUCCAGUGCUUCUCUCAAAGCUGCCCUCCUGCAUUUUGCAGAGUUCCUGUCUUGCGUAAGGGGCAAUGUUGCCCAUAUUGCUUAGAUGGCACAACGAUCUUGCCAACGGUGCUGUCAUCUCUUGCCCCCUCUGUGAAAACCUAUCCAGAGGACACUGAACAAUGGUUGUCCACAAGUGAAGUGCCACACGUUAUUUCAAAUACAGAAGAAAAAAUUCUAAAUGAAGAUUAUCCAAGCCAGACGGAGGUUGCAUUGAUAUACCAAUCUGCAGCCUGGAUUCUAGCCGGUAUAUUACUGACUACAGUCAUAUUCCUCAUAGCUGCUCUUUUAAUAAACAAGAAGAAGAAAUGGGUACAAAUGCCCUGCUACAGUACACCCAAAAAGACCGUAAUUUUGAAAAAACAUGUGAACAAAAACUCUGUCGUAUAUAUGGAGCCAUCAAAGGAGAAUACAUUUCGAAAUGUCAAGAAUGAAUGCAGAGUAAAUUUGACCACAGAAGCAGGUUCAAUCAGCAAUGAAAGACACAGCGAUCAAGCAGAAAACCAGAAGCAGCAGCCAUGCCCUCUGCUGGGAUAGAAACACACACGGGGGCCUGGGAUGUGUGUUUCAUUUUACAGCCCAUUGAAUAGACACUCAUUAACUGUCCAUUAAAAUGGAUAUUGCAAUGCAAAACGAAGUACAUUUGCAAUCUUAUCUUGUGAGCUCUUUAUAUUUAAAAUUUACUAAAGCUUUAAAUAACCCAAACUAAGACAAACUUUGUAUGCAACAGUAUGACUUGAAAAUGUGAUAUUCAUCAACCAUUCCCACACAGCCAAAUCCAGCAUACAGUCGACACUCAUAUAUCCGACCAUGUGAAAUUUGACUUCAGUGAUGGUUAAAAAGAAUGCGACGCAUAUCUGAUUAUUUCAUUUUGUCCCGUUCCAACUCU